AAAAUCCACCAAAAUAUAAUUAUUAUCUCUCCUCAUAAAUCAAUGCAGUGUCCCUUCUCUCCUCUGUGCUUUCGCUUUGUGCGCACUCCUCCCUCUCAUUUUCCCCCCAUCACACACACUCUCUCUCUCUCUCUCUCUCUCUCUCUCUCUCUCCUCCCCUGAGGUAGUGGCGAGGUCCCAUCACAUUCGCUUCCUUCGCCGCGGGAGAAACCAGGGUUUGUAGCAUCGCCCCUCGAAUAGUGGAUCGAGAAACUAGUAGACGAGGAGAUGAGAUCUCCGUGGCAUCUCGAUGAGAUCCAUCGAGUCUCGAUCCCUCGGGGCAGGCGCGGCUGAAGACGAAGCCUUCUUCGAGAGAGAUCCUUUUGUUCCCGCGAUGAUUAAACUCUAGUGACGGGCAAAAUGGACACUGUAGAUGUCGAGGAGAAUCCUUUUGUAGCAGGCGAUGCCAAGGUGCAUGGUGGCCUCUGCCGAGCGCUCUACCCAAUCGUUUGUAAGGUGUUGGGCAUCUUUCCCUUUGUAGAAGCGGCUCGGCCCAGAAGCACGUCCGGUAUAAAGGCACUGUGUUCGUUGCAUAUAGCGCUUGAUAGAGCUAAAUGCCUUCUUCGGCAUUGUUCGGAUUGCAGCAAGCUCUACUUGGCCAUAACUGGCGAUUCCAUUCUUAUGAAAUUCGAGAAGACAAGAUGUGCACUUCUAGAAAGUCUUAGGCGUGUGGAAGAUAUAGUCACAGAAGAUAUUUUCUGUCAGAUUAUGGAGAUUGUUGCCGAGUUGGAAGAAACCAUCUUCAUGUUGGAUCAGAUAGAGAAGGAAGCUGGUGAUGAUGUGAUCAAUUUGCUGCAGAAGCACAAAAAAUCAGGCACUAAUUGCAGCGACAGUGGGGAGCUUGAGGUCUUCCACCAAACCGCCACAAAGCUAGGAAUUACAUCAUCGCGAGCAGCGCUUACCGAGCGACGAGCCCUUAAGAAGCUGAUUGAAAGAGCCCGAGAUGGAAAAGACAAGCUGAAAGAAUCCGUUGUAACGUACUUGUAUAAUCUCAUGAGAAAAUAUUCUAAGCUCUUCAGAAGUGAUGUUGGUGGCGAUGACACUGAUUCUCAAGGGUCAACACCGUGUUCCCCAACUGUCCUAAGCUUUGAAGAGAAUUACAGCCUAUAUAGAAAUGGUAGGGCUUUUGAGAGACAACUGUCGACGAUUCGGUCGUUCAAUUUUAGGCCAAGUGGUAUUCGAUCUGGGAAUAUGCUGGUCCCUCCCGAAGAGUUUAGGUGCCCGAUCUCUUUGCAACUUAUGUAUGACCCAGUUAUUAUUUCGUCAGGGCAGACAUAUGAGAGGGUAUGUAUUGAGAAAUGGUUUAAUGAUGGGCAUAGUACGUGUCCGAAGACUCAGCAGCAGUUGUCUCACCUCUGUUUAACUCCAAACAACUGUGUGAAGGGUCUGAUUGCGAGUUGGUGCGAGCAAAAUGGGCUUCCUAUUCCUGAUGGCCCACCUGAGCCCCUUGAUUUUAGUUGGAGAAGGGCCUUUUCGUAUAGUGAAUCCAUGGAUUCGAGAUCUGUAGAAAGUGUUGAAUCGAACAAAGUGAAGGGUGUACUGGCAUUAGUGGAGAGGCGUGGAAUUGAAGAGCACAGCGAUCAUGAAUCACAUUAUAAGUUGGAUGAUGGUACAAAUGAGUAUCAGAACUUGUUUGCUCGGCUCCAUGAUGAGAAGAGCUUGCAUGAGAAGUUUAGAGCAGCGGAGCGGAUAAGGUAUCUGCUGAAGGAUGAUGAGGAAGCGAGGAUUUACAUGGGAGCAAAUGGGUUUGCUGAGGAGCUAGUACACUUUCUGAGAUUGGCUGUUCGCGAUGGAGAUGACAAGGCUCAGGAGGUUGGAGCCAUGGCUCUCUUCAAUCUUGCAGUUAACAAUAACAGAAACAAGGAAUUGUUAAUGUUAGCCGGAGUGAUCGAUCUCCUGGACCAGAUGAUCUCAAGCCCACAGAUGUACGAAGCAGCCACCGCGCUGUACCUCAACCUCUCCUGCCUAGAUGAUGCCAAACCCAUCAUAGGCUCAAGCCCACGGGCUGUCCCGUUUCUGGCACAGCUCCUACUAACUGACCACACCUCCUGCACGCAUGAUGCCCUCUACACUCUCUACAACCUCUCAUCCCACCCACCGAACGUGCCUUUCCUCCUCUCCUCCGGCAUUGUUGAUGGCCUCUUCUCUAUCCUUUCCGCCUCCUCAGAGCCCGAAGGAAGAGGCCCUUCUUGGACCGAGAAGGCCCUAGCUGUCCUCAUCAACAUGGCCUUAGAUCAAUCUGGCAGGGACGAGAUUGUGUCGACCCCUGGGCUAGUUGGCACACUCGCCGUCAUGCUGGACAUGGGUGGACCUGCGGAGCAGGAGCAGGCAGCAGCGUGUCUCUUGGCGAUGUGCAGUGGGGAUGAGAGGUGCAUUCAGAUUGUAUUGCAAGAAGGGGUGGUACCCUCAUUAGUAUCGAUAUCUGUGAAUGGGACGCCGAGAGGGAGGGAGAAGGCGCGGUGGCUGCUGAAGCUGUUCAGGGAGCACCGGCAGAGGGAGGUUUCGCCCGUGAGGAGGCAGGAGGAGCUGCAGCAGCAGCAGGGGGCGGCGGAGGUGAUUAGGGAGUCGAAGAAGCCUUUGUGUAAAUCGCGGUCUAAGAAGUUGUUAGGUAGGACGCUGAGCUCGAUCUGGAAGAAUCGGAGCUUUUCUGUGUAUCAGUGCUAGUGUUGAUCUCUAGUCAUGUGUACAAUUUCCUCUGUAUUUUCUUUCGUAAGUCUUCUUGGCUUCUCCUUCCCUCUGUGAAGGGUGAUGUAGGCAUUUUUCCUUUGGCAUCUUACAAGAAAAGAUGUAUAGGCAUUUUACUAUGGUAUUUGCCAUUUUCCCUACUAUCUUCUUGUCCA